GAUACACCGGAAGUUGGUGUUGGCGCGAAUAACAAUAACAAUCUGUCGCUACAUUUGUUAGGUUUUUACACCAUUUCAACAUGUUUAUUCAACGUUUUAACUUUUUAGAGUCAUGUAAACUAUUAGAAUAGACAUUUCGCUACACUUGGACUCCUUUACAAUAUUUAAAACGUGAUGUAAAUGUAACUUUUCUUGGCCAAUUUGUUGACCCGGCUGCUAAAGUGCUGAUGAAGGAGUGAGAGCUGGACUAAUAGAAUGACUGGACAGGCACAGAUUCUUUACAGGCAUAUAGCCCCAAAGGUGGUCCAAUAAGUUUUACUUUUAGCUUAUGAAUGUCAUAUAAAGAAGGAGAGCCAUGUCCAAGUCAAACGGUGAAUCCUUCAUCGUGAAAUUUGUGGAGAGUAAUGGAGUAAAGACUGAGUUUGCUGCUAAGGCCUAUGAGGCCAUUUUAGAACUACAGUCUGAGAAGCACUUGAAAAUCAUUGAUGAAAAUGAAGUUUUUCAGAUGGACCAGAAGGACAAGUCUUUAUUUGUCUUCAGCAGUUUCUCCUCUCCUGCAUUUCUACACUGCAAAAGGUUGGGUUGCCGAGUAGUGAGUCCGUUGGUGGUGCUGUACUGCCUGCAGCAGCAGCGCUGUGUCCCAAAAGCAGAGAUGCCUGUCUACAACAUGGCCAUGGCAGAUGUCACUAUUUCAUGCACCAGCCUGGAAAAGGCAACACGGAAAGAGGUUAUGGAAUUAGUACAGCUCAUGGGUGGACGCGUGUACCUUGACUUGAAUGUCUCUGUGACACAUCUCAUCGCAGGAGAAGUGGGGUCUAAAAAGUACCUGGUAGCUGCAAGCCUCGGAAAACCCAUCCUUUUGCCCAAGUGGGUUAAAGCCUGCUGGGAGAAGUCACAGGACAGUCUCUUCAGGUACACAGACCUGCCCACAGAGGAGUACUUGUGCCCAGUACUGCAGGGCUGUACUGUGUGUGUCACAGGCCUCUCCAGCACCGAGCGUAAAGAAGUACAGCGUCUGUGUGAGCAGCACGGGGCCACCUACACGGGCCAGCUCAAGAUGAAUGAGUGCACCCACCUCAUCGUCAGCGAACCAUCAGGUCAGAAAUAUGAGUGUGCGAGGAAAUGGAAUGUGUAUUGCGUAUCCCUCCACUGGUUAUUUGACAGCAUAGAGAAAGGCUUUUGUCAAGAUGAGAGCCGAUACACGGUGGAACGCAACGCAGCAAAGAGCACGCGCCCACACACUUCAACUCCUACAGGCAGCAACAAGAAAUCAGACGGUCCGUCGCUGCUCGGGCUGAGUCAUAUCUCAGUCAACGCGAGCGUGACCAUAAAUGACACUGCCCUCACAAAUGUGACAAACGGGACCAUGAGUCGUGUGGAUGCUCCAGACCCUAUCGACAGCUUUGACAUCAGUGUGUGUCGGACUGAUGAUAUACUGGAUGGCUGUAAGCUAUAUCUGUGUGGUCUGCCUGGAAAGAAACUAGAAAAACUGCGUCGUCUUGUGAACUCUGCUGGAGGUCUACGGUUCAACCAGCCCAGCGAGGAGCUCACACAUGUGGUCAUGGGAGAGCUGGACAUCGACCUGAAGAGUUUUGUCUCCAAAACCUCUCACAGGCCCCAUGUUGUAACAGUGGAAUGGUUGCUGGAUAGUUUAACUAAAGGUAGUCUGCUCCCAGAGACAGACUACAUGCACCCUGAAUGCCUCCCCCCUGCUCCUCCUGCUGUCAAACACCUCACCCCUCCAUCACGGCGACUCUCUCUAGCACCACCUAUGACCAGUCCUGCCACUCCCCAACAGAAGAGGGCAGAAGAGGACCUGUUGUCACAGUAUAUGGAUGAUGAUCCUACUGUAGUUGACCUGCCUCCCCCAGAGCCAGAGAUCAGCAGGAGGUCUCUGAGCACACCUGGCCUGCAGAGAGAGCCUUGGGUCCAAAACCACAGCAUGAGUAAAGGGGCAAACUCCACCAUGCAUGUUGCCACAGAGGCUGCAGAGGUGGGGCUGUUUGGGGGGGCUCUGUUCCUCCUGGUGGGCUUUGGCGCAGAGGCGGAGGGGCAGCUCUCUCAACUCAUCACAGAAAAUGGAGGCAAAGUGCUGACAGGGCGAACACGAGGGGUGGCAGCGUACGCCGUGGUGCCUCUGUUGGGGUGCUCUGUGGAGGCCACUGUGGAUGAGGUGGUCACUGACACAUGGCUGGCCAUGUGUGUGGAAAAGGAGUGUCUCUUGGAUAUUUACUUAAACCCCCUGUUUACUCCUGUGUCUGUGAUGGAGGGACGUCUGCCUCUGAAAAACUGUGUUCUUUCAGUCAGUCAGUUCACAGGAGCAGAACGCGAGUCCUUGGUGGAACUAGCUAAGCAUCUCGGAGCAACUGUCCAAGAUUACUUUGUGCGCCUAGCUAACCUGAAGAAGGGCAUGCAGGCCAGCACUCACCUGGUGCUGCAAACCCCAGAAGGCACCAAGUACCAGGCUGCACAGAAGUGGGGUCUCCCUGCGGUUACCAUGCACUGGAUUCUGGAGUCUGCUCGGACAGGACAGAAGGCAAAGGAGGAACGAUACUUUGUGGACCGCCCUCCUUCUCCAGAGAGGGAAGAGGAGAGCUACGUCAUUGGUUCUCAGAGGACAGACAUGGCCCCUCCUGUACGCAGCAGUUCUCCUGAGAUCCCCUUACUCGGCCCACAGACAGGGAAAGCAGUAACACCUCUGGACUUGGGACGUUUCCAGAGCCGAAUAUUCCGCUCCGGUUUAGAGGACUCCAAACAAAAUGAAAAUGAAAAGAACCCUGUCAAGGCCCAGGAGACGAGCAGGAGAAACCAACUUACAAAGGAGCCAUCUCUGCAGCUUGACACCCCAUCUCGCUUCCUCAACAGAGUCACAACAAAGCCAUCCUUCAAUGUUAAGGAUGGGUUAGGAGCUCUGGACACACCUGGUGGAAAGCCUGUCCCUGAGAAGGGAGAGACUCCCCUCACUGAUGUCAUCAACAGGAACCUCAAAGUGGCUCUAGCCAACAGUUCUCGCACAGAACAGGAACUGUCUGCUAGCCCCCAGCUAAAAUAUGAUGCGGAGAUACAGGAAAAGGAAGCCAGUCCCCUUGCUGGUGUUGUUAUCUGUGUGGGCAAAAAGUUGAGCAAAAUGCAGAGUGAACUAAAUGCCAUGGCUGCCUCUCUUGGAGCUGACUUCAGAUGGGCUUGUGACGACACAGUGACACACUACAUUUACCAGGGUCGGGUCGGGGACAACACUCGAGAAUACAGAGCUGUGAAGGAGAGGGGACUACAUGUCGUCUCCCACCAUUGGCUCCAUGCUUGUGCAGAGGAACAGAGGCAUGUCCCAGAGUCUCUUUACCCUUUCACCUUCAACCCCAAGAUGAGCCUGAACCUAAGCCAGGUCCCCAGCAGCACACAGCGGUCACCAGUCAAAACCAACCACCAACAAUCACACAGCAAGGUGGAACACAGCACUACAGAGGACACUACAGUUCGGCGGGUCAGUGAUGGCAGUGUGGAACAGGAGGACCAUGAUUCUACCAGAAGUGAUAAUGGUGAAACGGUGGAGAUGAGGGAGAGUUUGCAAAAGCAGCUGCAAGAGAUAAUGUCAGCCACCAAGCUAACAACAGUCAGACGCUCCUCAGUAAGACUGACCAGGAAAGGCUCUUUUGGGAGUGAUUCAGGACCACAGACUCCAGGGCGAAACAGCAGCAGACGCACUUUGGAGGCUCUCAGAUUUUCCAGAGAAGCAGCCAUGGAUAUAAACACAGAGCCCUCCCAGAGUGAGCAGAUUGUUUGGGAUGACCCCACAGCCCGUGAGGAGAGGGCCAAGCUGGCUGAUAACCUCCAGUGGCCUGGGAGUCCUUCACAGUAUUCAGAGCCCUUAGCCGCCGCUUGUCGCACUAUUACAGAAGAGCCACAGUUUAAGGACUCUAUGACUGACUCUGAGCUGGUGGAAAUGGCUGCCAUUGAUGUUAUUGAUAAAGAACUGGGCCAAAGGGUCAAAGAGCCAGAUCAGCAGCCACAGAAUGAGCUCCUCACUCCAGAAGCCCCCAGCAUCGCCUUCCCCCUUGCCAAUCCUGCGGUAGCACCAGAGCCACAGGAGGAGGAAAAGCCACCACCAUGUUUUCAGAUGUCUUCCCUCAGUCCUCAAGAGCGCAUAGAUUACAGUCAUCUCAUAGAAGAGCUAGGUGGUGUCGUUUUGGACAAGCAGUCAUUCGACCCCAGCUGCACCCAUAUUAUCGUAGGCACCCCUCUUAGGAAUGAAAAGUAUCUGGCAGCAAUGGCCUCUGGGAAGUGGAUUCUGCACCGCUCCUAUAUGGAGGCCUGUCGCUCUGUGGGACACUUUAUAGAGGAGGAGAAUUAUGAAUGGGGCAGUAGUUCCAUUCUCAACGCUUUGCCCUCCAUCACAUCCCAGCAGAAGAGGUUGGCGCUCGCUGCUAUGCGCUGGAGAAAGGCUCUGCAGGGGCGCUCUGAUCAGGAGGGAUCCUUCAGUGGAUGGACAGUCAUGCUGAACAUCGACCAGAGUAGAGACACUGGCUUUAGACGGUUACUGCAGUCAGGAGGGGCUAAAGUACUACCCAGUCCAUCUCCAUCUUUGUACAAGGAGGCCACCCAUCUGUUUGCCGACUUCAGUCGCCUAAAACCUGGAGACUUCAGAGUGGACAUAUCUGAGGCCUCUGCUCAUGGACUGACAUGUCUGAAGCCAGAGUACAUUGCAGAUUAUCUCAUGCAGGAUCCUGUCCCACCUAUUGCAUUGUAUCUCCUGACCGAUGCUCCCGCUGAGGAAACCCCGAGCACUCCUUCUCGCAAACGCAAAAAUGCAGCAGAGCACUCUAAGCUGAAAAAGAGCCGUUUGAACUGAAUGUGAAUGAUACGCAUUCCUUUAAUCCUAAUUUACCAUACAUAUAAUAUUUAAUAUUUUUAAAGGAUUUAGGAAAAAGUGAAAUGUAAAUAAAUGUUUUUGACCAUU